AUGGUAAGAUCUCAACUGGCAUUCACACGAGUACUAGGCGGCUCGCCAGCAACAAUAGGCCAAUAUCCUAUAUUGGCCCAAUUACUUCUAGACCCCUGGGGCACACUUCAAUACAGCCAGCAUUGUGCUGGUGUGAUUUUGACGUCCCGGCACGUGAUAUCUACUGCACAUUGCUUUCAAUACAAUGAAAAUACAGGAAAUAAUUACACAUCACCAAGAUUCUGGAAAGUACGUGUUGGCUCUUCAUAUCGGACUCGGGCUGUGAUAGUGGUAGCGACGCCGUUUUUGCUGGGCAAAUUUGUAAGACAAGGAACAAUAACGAAGCCAAACACUGAAGUUGCACCAAAUGCAAUGUGCACUCUGGUUGGUUGGGGAGCAACACAAAAUGGUGGACCUCAACCUGAUCAACUGCAGUACGCAAUGAUGUUCACAAUAGACCAGGAGGAAUGCAAAAUGCGCUACAACACAAUUGGGGCGUAUAUAGCAGAGUCGAUGUUCUGUGCUGGCAGCGUAGAGUACGAUGGAAUAGACGGAUGCUACGGUGAUUCUGGUGGACCCUUGAUUUAUAAAGGUGUUGUAGUCGGUUUAGUGUCCUUCGGUUACGGUUGUGGAAACCGUUAUUACUCUGGAGUUUACACAAAGUUAUCCCAUUUUACAGAUUGGAUUAUCAAAAUGGUUACCACGUAUAAAUAA